AUGCAUAACGCCUGCUGUUUCCCCUCCCCCCUUUUGUUUUUCUGCUUCCAUGACGUAGCAAAUCCUCAGGGCGAUGGGACAUGCAGUCCAGCUCGAAAUGCAACGACCGCAAAAGAGUCUCCCAAGUUCUUUUGCCCUGGACAGGGACGGUGGGGAGAAAGGGGAGAAAUGGGAGGUGGUGGGGGAAGAGCUAGGGAGAAAGGGGAAGGUGCUAGGAAGAAAGAGGAAGAUGAUAGGGAGAAAGAGGACGAUGACAGGGAGAAAGGGGAAGAUGAUAAGGAGAAAGAAGAAGGUGUUAGGGAGAAAGAGGAAGAUGAUAGGGAUAAAGAGGAAGAUGAUAGGGAGAAAGAGGAAGAUGAUAGGGAGAAAGAGGACGAUGACAGGGAGAAAGGGGAAGAUGAUAAGGAGAAAGAAGAAGGUGUUAGGGAGAAAGAGGAAGAUGAUAGGGAGAAAGAGGAAGAUGAUAAGGAGAAAGAGGUAGAUGAGAGGGAGAAAGAGGAAUAUGACAGGGAGAAAGGGGAAGAUGAUAGGGAGAAAGAAGAAGGUGUUAGGGAGAAAGAAGAAGGUGUUAGGGAGGAAGAGGAAGAUGACAGGGAGAAAGGGGACGAUGAUAGGGAGAAAGAGGUAGGUGAGAGGGAGAAAGAGGAAUAUGAUAGGGAGAUAGAGGAAGAUGAUAAGGAGAAAGAUGACGAUGAUAGGGAGAAAGAGGUAGGUGAGAUGGGGAAAGGAGAAGAUGAUAAGGAGAAAGGGGAUGGUGCUAGGAAGAAAGACGAAAGGGCUAUGGAGAAAGGGGGAUACGAUGUUAGGGAAAAGAGGGGGAAAGUACUAGGAAUAAGGGAGAAAGUGCUAGGGAGAAAGGAGGAAGAUAAUGGGGAGAUGGAGGAGAUGAUGGGGAGAAAGAGGCAGAUUAUGUAA